UUUAUUGAAAGCCAUGCGCAUUUACGAUAUUUACAGUAUUUAAAUAUUUAAGCUUCCGACUGCAAUGAAAUCGGAUACUUGAAUACCCUCCUCCUCUUUAACAUGAUAUAUUUAUCCUGCAAACCUUAAUAAAUACAUCAUCCCAAACUGUGGAACACAUACUCCGCAAACUCUUCAUCUUGUCGCAUUUGGCACCGGGGAUAGAGCACAUUGGGGGCUAUUUUUAUUCCCAACAGGACGGCCGAUCCGACCGGAACCCUUAUGCGCGUCAUGAUAGGAGACAAUGACGACGCAAAAGUCCGGCGGAGAUCAGGCGGAGCUACUUGUGAACCGGUUCUAACUCUCGCGCAGUUCUGCAAAGAAGGAUUGUUUGUGCCUCUUACAGGAUUACAUGCAUCACGAGAGGAAGUUGAAGAUGCUGCGAGAGCGUGCUUCCCAAGGUUUGAGUACAAUCAUUCUUCUCAACAACUGCCAGAUGUUCACUAUUGAUGUCUGGAUGGAGUUAAAUACAUGGAAGAUUCCCAUCUCAGAUCCAGCAAACUUCAAUCAAUCUUAUCCGGGAGCAGUACAGAACAACUCCUGUCAAAAUUCAGCAAUUUCUCGACCGAAACAAACAAAGCACUGGAGAGCAUCAGCCUGAGUCUUCAGAUCCACGAUUCUCUUUUGAUUAACAGCAACGUCCUCCUGUCAACGAAUGCGCCGUGAAUUGGGCUGUCCUUAAGUGGAAGCCCGUCUGUGAUUUUCCAUCGUUUGAUGUAGUCAAACUGACUUUGUCCUGCAAGUUAACAAUCAAAGCAAGAGCAAUAUUACAGAAAUAGCCUUGGGCAAAACAGUUUCAUCUGAAUAUCCGUAAAUUUAAGGCGCCUGGCAAGCAUUUUGGCCACAGCAUAGCCAAUUCGCAUCACACUCAAGUAUAGGGCCUCGUCGAAUUAGUUUAUGUCUACAGAAUGAACUUCAAAGGGUGCUUUGCCGAGGGGCGGGCGGAAAAUCGUCUUCUGUUGUCUGGUCGCCAUCGAAUUGAAACACAGUUACCUUCUUGCAUAUUUAUGAUCAAGGAGCUCCACUACCUGGCGACUGACUGGUUUUUACUUCUCUCCAUCAUUGGGAAAAGAAAACACUUUCUAUUCCUUAAACAUUUUUCAAUGCGCCAGAAGAACACGCCUCUGGACGCGCUCCUCGGAAUUUUUGGAACUCUGAUCUUGAUAUCGCUUAUCGCGCCUGCAGGAGUUGCGUGGGAGCGGGCGCAUAUAAAAACGAACGAAUAUCAAGAACCAAAAAGAAUUCUGCUAUCCCAAACGCAAAGGAAGCCAAAUUCCCACAUAAGCUUUUCACUGCCUGUCCGCCUGUCUGUCUGUUUGUACGAAAACAGACUUAAUGACUGCGGAAAUGGAGCCUCCUCUUGCGCUCCGGGGUCUCAAUCCCUCCCCACCCGGAGCCCUCACUCUUCCGGCGGAGAUUCAGGAGAUGAUUCUCGCAGAGGUCGCACACAAUGCGCGGGAUGUACGGUCUGGGCAGGAGUGGAGAGGUUUGGUGGGGAAUUGUUUGUGUAUUAACUGUAUGUACAUUACAUACAUACCAAGUGCCUUGUUUGAUUAGAGUACAGGGAUAUAGUGAAUGUAGCUAAAUUGGAUUCUACACAGGGGCUUGGAACAGAUCGCUGGCACACCAGCUCCUGAGGAACUGCGAUAUCGAUAUCGAAAUGUUUCUCGCAUUUGCACCGGGGCCAAUUGCCGAGAAGGCAAUAGAUCGCUGGAUUGGUCAAGUCGGUGAGGAAACCAGAGCGAAACCCCGGCAGCGACAUAGAGCUUUAUCACCCGCAUCACGUUCGCGUUUGGAAACUAAGGAACUCCGCCUCGGCCUCCUCCUCGCAGCAUCGCGCGGCCUCGUCGGGUGCCUGCACGCUCUUGCAAGUACCGCCGUUGGCUGGGGCAUCGGCAUUGCCGAAACCAGCCUCCACAGCACAUCCAUUCUUCGAGAAGCCGUCCGCAGUGGGAAACUGGGCGUCGUCAAUUUCCUCUUGGAUCGCGGCGUGGGUCCCAGAGACCGGGACGCGAUCAUACCGGACUGGGCUCAAUUGCCCAUCGCAAUGGCUGUCCAGCGGCUCCAUGUCGAUAUCGCUGCUGCCAUCCUUGCUUUUGAUCCCGUGCCUGAUCAGGGGUAUGUGUUAUUUCGAGAUGAUGAGUGCGGAAGAAGCGCGCGUGUGGAUGACAUUGAUUGCUGGUGCUUACCUGGGCGCGAGAGCGAGUGGCGGCUAGAGCGGUUGCGUUAUGAAAUCGACCGGUUGGAUGUGGUUGUUAAGCAGAUUGGGGACUUUGGGUUUGCAGAAUGUCAGCAUCUGGAGUUGGUGUCGUGGGCUGCGUAUCGGUCGAGCAUGCCGAUGCUGAAGCUACUCGUUGAGCGUUACUCGUUUACGGUUGACGUAGAAAGGGAUUUGUAUUGGGCUUUCAGAGGUGGUGCGGAUGUGGAUGUCAUCCGUCUGUUGUUGCAGCAUGGGAAGCGUGGAGAGGUGGCUGCACCUGUGCUACCGAAUGACUUCCUUCUCAGUCGUUACCGUAUCAAGAGUAAACCACGAAGUGGUGCUGCUGGGAACUGGGAUCCUGAAUUUACGCGGAGCUACUAUGACAUGGUCCCAUUGCGACAACGAGUGCCAGUAAUUGACGCUGUCACUUAUUGCAAUGUGGAUAUGGUAAAGCUCUUGCUUGAUACUUUGUCAGAUGCUGAAGAGGUCAAUCGUACUGUCAACGAAUUCGACCCAUUUUGGAGGACACCACUUCAUUAUGCAGUGGAGAAAGGGGAUCAGGAUAUGGUUAGAUAUCUUUUGGAGUGCGGUGCUGAGGUCUGGCAGAGCUGUUUUGAUCUUGUUAGUCGAGAGGGCUCAACUGAUACGGUUGGGUUGGUUACCCGGUGGAUGAAAGAGCAUGAUCUCGAGGUUAAGCAGGAAUGAGUGAGGGCUUCAGACAGGGAUAUGUAUUUUAUCAAAUCGUGAAGAAAAAUGCGGAGUUUGUAGCCCCUUUAUCUAAGGUCAACAAGAGCAGAAGGAGAGAGGAAUAUAAGUUGUAGAUAACAGUCGAAAUCCAUAGCAAGCUAGAGUUGUCAAAAA